AUGCCGAAGAACAAGGGAAAGGGUGGCAAGAACCGCAGAAGGGGUACCAAGGAGAACGACGAUCAGCGUCGUGAGCUGACCUUUAAGGAGGACGGCCAGGAGUACGCCCAGGUGGUAAAGAUGCUCGGCAACGGUCGCCUCGAGGCACUCUGCUUCGACGGGUCAAAGCGACUCGCCAACAUCCGUGGCAAGAUGCGCAAAAAGGUCUGGAUCAACCAGGGUGACAUCAUCCUCCUCUCCCUCCGUGACUUCCAGGACGGCAAGGGCGACGUGAUCCUCAAGUACACGGCCGACGAGGCCCGUACCCUCAAGUCGUACGGCGAGCUGCCCGAGAACGCCAAGAUCAACGAGACGGAUACCUUCAACCAGGGCGAGGAUGGCGAGGCCUACUUUGAGUUCGGCGACGCCGACUCAGACGAAGAGUCGGACGGCGCGGCGCCCGGUGGUGGUAAGAAGGAGGUUGACAUUGACGACAUUUAA